AAUCGGCGACACUAAUCUAACCAGCUUGCACUAGUGGCGCUAAUGAUUCUGCACCUUAGGCGGCGGGCAGCUGGGCCGCAUGCUUGCUGUUCCGGCAUCUCUCCUUGAUAUUGAUAUGAUAUUUCUGGACGUUGGCGAACAUAGUCCCGCAAAGCAAGUCUUCGCUCCCAAAUCGGCUGACAAAGCGCAUAUCAAUGGUGCAUUCUCCGAUCCCACCAAGAUACGCGAGCUUGCGCAGAAGGUCGAUGUCCUGACGAUUGAAAUCGAGCACGUCAAUGCCGACGUACUUGAGAAAGUUGAACCAAGCCUUCCACUUGGAGUGCACCCCAGUCCGUCAACUAUCAGGAUCAUUCAAGACAAGUUUGUACAGAAGAAGCAUCUGCGUUCACAUGGCUUGCCUGUCUCGACCUUCCUGCAAAUCGAAUCCACGAAAGAGUCAUUAGAGGACGCUAUGCAAAAGGUCGGGCUCCCUCUCAUGGUCAAGAGUCGUACUCUCGCAUAUGACGGUCGCGGCAACUUCGUCAUCCGGAAUCAGUCCCAGAUUGCUGAAGCGUUGGCAGUGCUCAAGAAUCGUCCGCUUUAUUGCGAGAAGUGGGUGCCUUUCGAGGCAGAAAUUGCUGUCAUGGUUGCUCGCUCCACCACUGGCGAAGUUCGCUCUUACCCCGCUGUCGAGACCAUCCACAAGGACAACAUUUGCCACUUGGUGUUUGCCCCCCUGCGUCAUAAGGAUCCAGUUAUCGCCGAUCGUGCUCGAGCAGUUGCCGAGGCAGCAGUCAAAUCGUUCGAGGGUGCCGGGAUCUUUGGCGUAGAGAUGUUUCUGCUCAAAGAUGGUAGCAUGUAUCUCAAUGAAAUUGCGCCACGUCCUCACAAUUCGGGGCAUUACACCAUCGAAGCUUGCGAGACAUCACAGUUCGAGAACCACCUCCGCGCCAUCCUUUCUCUUCCCCUCGGAUCUACUGCAAUGAAGGUUCCUUCUGCGGCCAUGCUCAACGUCAUUGGCGCAUCUAGCGAUCUUGAAGAGGUCAAGUCAUUCGCAAGUUUCGCUUUGACUGUCCCUGGCGCAAGCGUUCAUCUCUACGGUAAAGGCGAAUGCCGCAAGGGCCGCAAGAUGGGCCAUGUCACUGUUGUUGCAGACUCGGACGCCGAACUUCGUGCCCGCCUACGUAUCCUUCUCGAUCACCUUCCUGGCCCGAAGGACCAGCGCGAGAUCGACCUAUACGCACCGCCCGAACCCGCUAAGGGUUAUUCACAUACACACCCACUCGUUGGCGUUAUCAUGGGCUCAGAUUCGGACUUGCCCGUCAUGCUCCCUGCCGCGCAGAUGCUCGACAAGUUCAAUAUCCCAUACGAACUGACGAUCGUGUCAGCGCACCGCACCCCGGAUCGUAUGGUAGAGUAUGCGCGCUCGGCGUCAUCGAGGGGCUUAAAAGUGAUUAUCGCUGGCGCUGGCGGCGCCGCACACCUCCCUGGCAUGGUCGCUGCGAUGACUGCGUUACCUGUCAUUGGCGUUCCUGUCAAAGGAAGCUCGCUGGACGGCGUGGAUUCCUUGCACAGCAUUGUGCAGAUGCCCAGGGGCAUCCCCGUCGCCACUGUUGCCAUUAACAGCGGCACCAAUGCAGGAUUGCUUGCAGUACGCAUACUGGCCAUUGCACAGCCAAAUUUGAUUCAAGCCAUGGAGAGAUAUUUGAAAGACCUUGAAACAGAGGUUGUGGGAAAGGUUGAGAAGCUGGGUGAGGUUGGCUGGGAAGAGUACCAGGUUAAGAAGUAAAGUUACAAACCAGACUUCCUUGUCUGUAAAAGGGUGUAAU